ACAGUUGAUAAAUUAUUUAUCACCUGUUUCUAUAAAAAUAAGGUUACAUUUAAAUAUCAACCGCUUUCUUAAGUCAUAGUUUAUAUUUUUUAUACGUAAUUAUACAAUUAAAUAUUUAAAAAAUGGAACGAGGUGCAUUUUUAGUACUCGAAGGCUGUGAUCGUGUUGGUAAAUCAACACAAGUAAAACGUCUUGUCAAAGCACUUAAUGACAGAGGAAUAAAAGCUGAAUCUCGUGGAUUUCCUGAUCGUAAGACAACGAUAGGAAAUAUAAUUGAUCAGUUUUUAUCAUCAAAAAAAGAUCUGGCACCUGAAGCAGUUCAUUUAUUAUUCUCAGCAAAUAGAUGGGAAUGUAGUAGUGAUCUAAUUAAGACACUUAAUUCUGGAGUAACGCUUGUAGUAGACAGAUAUGCAGCAUCUGGAGCAGCUUACUCGGCAACAUCAACUAAAAAAAGUCUUUCUUGGUGCAAAGAACCAGAUCGUGGUCUACCGGCACCAGAUCUCGUGGCUCUCAUUACAACUGAUGAGAAAACUAUCAUGUCACGUGAAGGAUGGGCCAAUGAACGCUUUGAACGUAAAGAUUUUCAGAGAAAAGUCGCGGAUAAUUUUUUGAAACUAAAGGAUGACACGUGGAAAAUUGUAUCGGGGGAUCAAAGUAUUGAUGAUAUUCAUCAAGUAUUACUAGAAGAAGCUUUAAAAAUAAUUGAACAAGUUAAAAAUAGUCCCAUUAAUCAAUUAUAUGAAUCACAAUCUUAGUUUUUAGUAUAUUGUGUGACGAGGGUGAAACAAAACGAUUCCAGACCAGGGGGAAGUUGGCUGACAUCAGCAGUCUGAAAUCGUGUUUCGUUCUGAGUUACACACUAGAUUUUUCAUGAUUACCUGCAUUGAAACUUGAAGUUUCAGUGUCAGCAGUCAGUCAGAAACAAGUUUAUUUAAGACCAACUAUUAGCGUAAGCGUAAAUUGUCUUUUGCAAUUUAUAAUUAAGCAGAAACUAUAAAUACUAUUUAUUAUUGACACUAAUUUUUAUAAAACUUAAUCACAGUCAGAACUGUCAUUUACGUAAAUAAAAUUAAUGGUCUGAAAUUAGUACACAGAAAAAAGUAUUUCUUGGCGCGAAAAAUUUUUACUCGCCCCAAUAAAAUUUUUAUUUGUCUCAAUAAAUUUUUUGCAUUGCAAAUUGAACAAAAAUUUUCUGGAGCAAGAAAAAAUUUUUUGAGGCGAUAAAAAAAUUCUUGCGCCAAUAAAUUUUUUCUACCUAAGAAAAUUUUAGUCUUCAAUUUAUAAUGCAAAAUAUUUCUUACGCCAAGAAAUCCUUUUUUUCUGUCUAUUAAACAAAUUACAAGUAUCAGAGUUUAAAUUGCGAAAGCCUUCAGUCAACGGGCAGAGUCAUUAUUGUUUUUUCCCUCGGGACGAAACAAGUUUGUUUCUACCCGCUGACUGGCAUUUACAAUUUACGCGUCUGCUACUAUUCCUCUGCAUUGGACUGAAAUUCCCUUCUUCCACUGGCUCUAGAGACACUGAAACUUCAAGUUUCGAUGCUGGUAUCACAAGAAAUUAAUUAAUUAUCACCUGAUACGUAUUUAAUACAAAACAAUAUUGUUUAUUCAAUCAAUUCUUACAAUACAUGAUAAAUUAUUAUCUUCUAAAUGUACUUAUUGUUAAACAAAUAAUUAAUUUACUCAUUUUUCAACACAAAACAGUUAAAUUUUAAUUUUUUAUUCUCUCCAGUAAAUAGGAACAAAUAUUGCCAGAUAUUUUAUGAUCUCAAUAAAUAAUUUCAAAUUUAAGAAAAAAAAAAUAUUAAAUAUUAAAUCAAAUAUUUUUCCCACGACAAAUUAAAUUUUU